GAUUUGUUUCACCUUACUAGGAAGUGAACACUUCGCACAGGAAAGGGAGGGACUCCGCAGAGCAAACCCGCUGUUAAGGUUGUGUACUGUAGCCUUCUUUACUCGUGUAUUGCCAAUACACACAUAAAAUAAUCGUAUUUACACAAUAGCUUACGUUUCCGUCAGUAGGCUACUGAUCACGAGAAACUAUAUUUCCGUUUAAACACAUCUUUAAGUUAGCCUAGGUUACAAGAGCCAGCAAAAUAUAACCAAUGCACGACGAGUGUCCGUGAACUUUGUCUCUUUUCACCCCCUCUUGCCAUGUCCACUACUCUCUUAGCCGUGAACAGUAGGAAGGUGUUUCUAACACUCGGCGGGGGACGCGGUGUGACAAACGCUGUGUUCAGAUCGCAUUUUGUUUCCGUCCCACGCCGUUCCAUAAUAGACCUCUCCUACUCCACCCACUUCAUGGAUUUUAAAGGUUCCUCGAUACCUAGCUCCAUGAAAAAGCUGGUCGUGACGAAGCUCAGCCAAAAUUUCAAGGAAGCUGUUUCCUUGCAAAUUGUUCCAGUGCCGACUCCGGGUGAUGCGGACUUGCUCAUUAGAAAUCGCAGCCUGUCACUGAUCAAAAAGCUAAGAAAAGGUAAGAAAAGGUUCGUCGGCAUCAACGCGUCUGAUAUCAAUUACUCGGCCGGCCGCUACGACACCUCGGUCAGGCCGCCUUUCGACGCGGGGUUCGAGGGCGUGGGCGAGGUGGUGGGCCUGGGCCUCACCGCCAGCGCCCGAUUCGCCGUGGGCGACGCCGUGGCCUACUUCAGUGGCGGGUCUUUCGCAGAGUACACGGUGGCGCCGGCCAAAAGCAUCGUGCGCGUGCCGGCGGCCGAGCCCCGCUUCCUGACGCUCCUGGUGAGCGGCGCCACGGCCUACAUCGCCCUGAAGAAGCUGGGCGACCUGGCGCGGGGCGAGACCGUCAUGGUGACCGCCGCGGCCGGGGGCACCGGCCAGUUCGCCGUCCAGUUCGCCAAGAAGGCCGGGUGCCGCGUGCUGGGCACGUGCUCCUCGGACGAGAAGGCGGGCUUCCUGAAGAGCCUGGGCUGCGACCGGCCCGUCAACUACAAGAGCGAGGACCUCCGGGAGGUUCUGAGGCGGGAGUGCCCCGGCGGGCUGGACGUGGUCUACGAGUCGGUGGGGGGCGGCGUGUUCGACGCCGUCGUGGACAGCCUGGCGCAGAAGGGCCGGCUCAUCGUCAUCGGAUUCAUCUCGGGCUACCAGACGGCCUCCGGACUCCUGCCGGUGAAAGCCGGCGCUCUGCCCGUCAAACUCCUGCAGAGGUCGGCCAGCGUGCGUGGCUUCUUCCUGCCGCACUUCCUGUCGGACUACGGGGAGGCCAUGGCGGACAUGCUGCGGAUGUGCAAGGGCGGGGAGCUGGUGUGCGAGGUGGACUUGGGGGAGAUGACUCCGGAAGGGAGGUUUGUGGGGCUGGAGUCGGUUUUCCGCGCCGUCGACCACAUGUACGCAGGUAAAAACCUCGGCAAGGUGGUGGUGGAGCUGCCGGCCGUGCUGGAGAGUAAGCUGUGAUGGCCCCAUGCACUGGAAAUGAAAUAAUGAUCUUGUAAAUUACAGCUUUUUGGAAAAUAAAAGGUUCAAUAUAUUUUCGCUAUUCAGAGGAACAUUUAGUUUGAAUGCAGUGCGAUGGAUGUUUCUCCAUUUUAAUGUAAUGUUUUCAGUUCUAAAUUUAGCUCCUCUUCUGAUGUGCCUUUAAAAAUAUUAAAUCUAAAGAUUUGUUUCUGAUGUACUGUGAUUGCAGUAGAAUUCAGUCCACCUGCUUUGUAGCUUCAACCAAUCUUUGACCAGCUGUAUUGUAUUCCUUCACAUAUUCGUGGGCUAACUGCACAUAACCUACGUAUACGUUGUAGCAUUAAUUAAGUGAUCAAAAAUCAUAUCACCAAAAAGAACAAAUACAAAGAAAGCCCUGCGCAAUGAAAAUAAAAGUCCCUUUAAUGAAAAUAAACUGGAUCAUUACUUUAGCUAGCUUGUUACUCCCUUCCCUCGGGUAAGUUAGAUGUAAACAUCAGAUAAAGAUAAAAAGGAACUAUACCAGUUAACUAUGCCCCUUCCACUUUUUCCAGAAUCUGCUUGUUAAAACAUUUAAUGUCCUGCUAUUUGACGCCUAUUUGAAUUUGACCUUGCUACUUGAAAAAUGUAUCCAAGUCCAUUAGCUGGGACUGAACCAUUGGCCGUUAUUAUUAGGCAGGCUGUAAUGUGUAAACAAGUUAUACACCCUGUGUUAAAACAUGAAAUGCCAUACAUUGGUAGCGUUAUGUGACAGAACAUGUAUGUAACUUCAUCAUUCUGUUAUUGUUGUUGUUGUUUUUUUGCAAAUUGUCAAAGAAGGCAGGCCCAAAGAACUGGCACCUCGGGGCAGAUGAAAUCACCUAAGGCCCCUGUCCCCACAUCCACCCCCAGGUCAUAGCACCGGCACUGCAUUGGCUCGGUCUGGGUACCUAUACAAAGGGGGAAUUCACAGGGAAGUGACUGGUCGUGGGAGAUUACUGUACAGCACACAGUGGUACUAAUCUAAAAUUUAAAUGAAAAGGUAUACAAACAUGUUUAUUGAAAAAAACAUAAAUAAACGUGAAAGAAAAAGAAGGUGGCACAUGAAGACCACAGAAGACAUAUAGAAUAGUAUUGAGAGGACUGUAUAGUAUUGAGGUACUGUUGGUGAUAAAGACAAGGCUCAGGUUCAGUGCUCUGCUCCCUGCACUUUCAGAUGAAGGUUAAAUAACUACUGUCAGCGAGAGUUACAGCUGUGCACAUGUAAAAAACCUAAGAUGCAAAUUCCCUUUUCAAAACUGUGGUCAGAGUGCAAUUAGCUUACAUGCGAUUUUGCAAUAACUUUCAGUCAUUUAUGUUCUGGAGUGGAUUCAAUGCUUUGUUACAGUAUGAAAUUAGAAGGACUUAAUAAAUUAAUAAAUGGGAUGUAUCCCAGUAAAACGAACAUACACGUGUGCACAUCUAUAAAUAUAUAACAUGCACAAAUGUAAAUGUUCUGUUCUUCCAGCAUCUGACAGCUCCUUCCAAUCAGAUCCCCCACUGCAGAAUUCACUCCACCUUAACACUGGCAGCACUGGUAAACAGAAUAUUUGUUCAAAUAUAUUUUUUUUUUCCUAAAACAAAAAUGUGAAUAAUUGUUUAAUCAUCUCUGGUUAUUGUUCCAAUGUUUUGCUUCCACAUAACAUCUGUCAAAUUAAAGCUGUAUGAUCAUUAUGUUCUAUUUUUCUAAAAAAAAAAAAAGGAAAAAAAGGGAAAAAAACUAUGAAAGCAAACUGCCAUGUUAUGCUUUGAAUAAAAAAAAAAACACAUUUUGAUUUGGCAAAGCCUGCCUUG